UUCAUUCAUUCAUUCAUUCAUUCAUUCAUUCUUUCUUUCAUUUGCUCAUUCCACCCUGCCCCAACCUCAACAACACUCCCUUCGACAAUGAUAAAACGGACUCCCCUACGCACACUUGCAACUGUCACUGCCUUCAGGACCAGGACCUACAUACGCGCCUUCCACGCAGAGACCAAGGUGAUUCCUCAGGCUCAUUACAAUGUCGUCUUUGACAUCGAUGGCGUCCUCAUCAAGGGCAAGCAAGUGCUGCCACAGACCCACCGUGCACUGAGCCUGUUAAAAGCCAACAAUGUCCCAUAUAUCUUCUUGACCAACGGUGGAGGACUCAAAGAAACCGACAAGGCUGCUCAGCUCAGCAAGAAGAUCGGUGCCCACAUUGCACCGGAGCAAUUGAUCCUGUCGCAUUCGCCGAUGCGUGCACUUGCCCAAAAAUACGAGCACAAGAAUGUGUUGGUCGUUGGAGGCAACGGAUCAGAUUGUCGACAGGUGGCGGAGUACUAUGGACUCAAGCAUGUUGUCACGCCAGAGGAAGUUCAUGUGGCCUUUCCCUAUGUCUGUCCCAGUUCUGCGAUUGAGGCGCGUGAGAUUCCUUUGCCAGAGAAAUACCUCCAGAAUGUAAAUCGACCGGUCGAGGCGAUCAUGGUGUUCCACGACUCGGUGGAUUGGGGAAGAGAUCUCCAGGUGAUGCUGGACGCGUUGGUCUCGGUAGAUGGGUAUCUGAACACGGUCAAGUCUCAGGCGGAACUGCAUACCACGAAACAGUCCGUGCCGCUCUACUUUUCGAACUCUGAUCUGGUGUGGAGCAAUGAGCAUCCGAAUCCGAGGUUUGCGCAAGGAACGUUCAGGACAUGUCUUGAAAGGAUAUACCAGGAUAUGACGGGACAUAAGCUGGAAUACACGCUUUUCGGCAAACCCAUGAGGCCAACCUACCAAUACGCGGAAUCAGUGCUCAAUAACCUCGCACCUAUCCACAUCGGUCCAAACGGCAUGCCGAAACCCAGGACAGUCUAUGCGAUCGGCGAUAACCCAUACGCGGACAUUGCGGGCGCGAAUGCAUAUGGUUGGAAAUCUGUCCUGGUCAGGACGGGGGUGUUCAAACCGGAGGGCGACGAGAACCACCAUAUACACCCUGCUACGACUGUUGUGGACGAUGUCGAAGACGCUGUACGGUGGAUUAUCUCUACCGAGAUACGGAAAGAGCAUCCAUUCUGAUUUCAACUUGGAUCAAUCGAUACUUUUUUUUUCUUUCUAACCCCUUCAUAGAGACUAUAGAGCAACUUUGGAAUAUGAAUAUUAGAAAACUUUUAAUUUACCUCGACGACAUCUGCUAUGGAUUGUUGAGUGGAGCUUCAGUGAAGGACAAACUGCAUUAUAACAAAGAAAGAA